AUGUCUGACUUGGAUGAUGAUUUGUUAGCUCUUGCAGGUGCCGGCUCAGAGGAAGAAGAAGCUGGUGUUUCCGGUGGCUCUGAUAGCGAUGUUCCAUUGAAAAGAAAGACCAAACCAAGCGGAGGAGCAGCCAAGAGAAGGAAGGUGGAAGAAGAAGACGAAGAAGAAGAAGAAGAAGAAGAAGAAGAAGAAGAAGGAGACGAUGACGGCGAAGGAGGAGAUGAUGACGAGGGCGAAGAGGAAGAAUUGGUUAACCCGUAUCCAUUGGAAGGUAAAUACAAGGACGAAGAAGAUCGAGAAAAUUUAUUAGAUAUGGAUGAAAUUGAAAGAGAACAAGUAUUAUUCGAGAGAUCACAAGAGAUGGAAAAGUAUAAUGAAAGAAAGUACUUGUUACAAAGAGCCAAACAACAACAACAACAAAGCAACCAAACCAAUAAGAAAGCCACUAGAUCGAGUAAUCGUAGUAAAGCCACCACUGGAGCCAAGAGUUCUAAAUUGGAUAAGUUAAGUGAGCUUAGGAAACAGAGGGAGCAAAGAACAACUGGUAGAAGAAGAGAUGAAGAUUUUGAAGAUUUUGAAGAUGAAGAUUUAGAAGAAGAAGAAGAAGAAGACGAAGAAGACGAAGAUGAAGGAUACGGGGAAGACGAAGUAGUUUGGGGUAGUGGGAGUAGAAACAAAACCAAAACACGAAGUUAUGAACGAGCCACUUUUGAAGAUAUUAGAAAAAUCAAAGUUGGUAGAAGUAUAUUACAUAAGUAUUGUUUUUAUAAAGAUUUUGAAGAAACCAUUAUAAAUACUUUUGGGAAGAUUAAUUUAGGAAUUGAUAAGAGAAGCAAGAGACCGAUUUACAGAAUGGUUCAAAUAGUUGAUAUCAAAAACAUUCCGGAUAAAGUAUAUGAUUUACCCAAUUUCAAGUGUGAUAUAUAUUUAUUGGUAUCCCAGAAUAAGAAUCAAACCAAGGAGUUUCCAAUCAACAUAUUCAGUGAUGGGGAGAUUGAACGAGAAGAGUUUGAUCGGUAUGUGUUUGAAUUGCUGAAGACCAACGAAGAAUUACCGUAUAAGGAAGAGGUUGAAGAGAUUUCGCAGCGGUUAAAUAAUUUAAUGAACAGAUCAUUAAAUGACCAUGAUAUUAAUGAAAUGAUUGAAAGAAAACAAAAAUUACAAGGAAACAUUCAAGGAUUUGAUGCUGUUUUCCAAAAAGCCAAAUUAAUGGAUCAAUUAAAAAUCAGUAAACAACAGAGACAAACCGGUGAUGUUAAGAAGAUUAUUAAUAAAUUGAAGGAGAUUGACGAAAUCUUGAUUAACCAAACCAAACAACAUAAUAAUUCGAAAUCCUUGAACACCAUGUCAAAGGUGAAUGAAAGAAACCGGAAAUUAAAUCAAGAGAAUAUCCGUAAAGCAGAAAUCAAAUCUUCGCAAUUGAAAAAAAUCAUCGAUGCUAAUGAGGGAGGCGAUCCAUUUUCAAGAUUGAAGACCCAAACCAAAGUGUUUUAUCAGGAUUUAAUGAAACAGGAAAAUGAAAAAGCCAUCAAUGAAGCAAAAAUGAAUUACGAUAAUCUUAUUGCAGAAAAAUCUGAACUCGAGUCAAAAAUCGCAACUUCAACUUACCGAAUCCUAGGUAAUAUGGAUAAAAUGAUUAAAGACAUUGAUAUUAACAUUGAAAUUGAUAUUUAA